AUGGAUUGCAGAGGAGUGGUUCGCUUUCUAAUUUGUGUCUGUAUGGUCGGCUUUACUGGUGCGAAAUGUGUUCCUGAAAAGUGUGGUUCGAUGAAUGUGAGCUAUCCUUUUUGGAUUAAAAAUUCUCAUUGUGGAUACCCUGGCUUUCAGGUCACAUGUAGGAAGGACCCGUAUAGUGGGAUACUCGCUCCAUUCUUUACUGCCUACUCCGGUAAUUAUACUGACGAGUAUCUUCAAGGCUUCUAUUAUAGGAUUAUAGAGAUCGAUUAUACCGGUUCUCUCAUCAUAAAUUCUUCUAGCAUCUGGGCUCAGUCAUGUAUUUCAAACAGUACUGCCUCAGCUUACUUCCAGCCACCUUUAGGUGGGCCUUUCACUAUUUCCAUGUCAAAUAAGUUCAUAGUUAUUGGCUGCAACGCGGUGGGUUCCUACACAUAUGGGGAUUGGGGAGAGGCACGUUGUGUAUCAACAUGUGAUUCUCAAACUGAUCCGCCAUACUGCCGUUAUGGCUGUUGUGAAAUUACUCUCCCAGAUAACUGGGCGUGGUUAAAUUUCACUGGCGGCAGUUUGUUUAGUUUGCUCAACACUACUACUUGUGGCUUGUCCACCAUAUUGGAACCAUCCACCUUCACUAUAGUAGACAAUAACACAAACCUCUUCUGGGGAGAUGGCCUGAAGGCUUACCAUGGUCUCCGCCUUAACUGGGGCAUUAGCCUUCAGAAUUGUUCCAUGGCUAAAGCAACUGCGAAUUAUUCUUGCGCCUCCUCCAAUGCUGAAUGUAUUGACUCCCCUUCUGGACAAGGACACGUAUGCAGAUGCCUGCCUGGAUAUGAAGGAAAUGGUUACUCUAAUGGCACAGAUUGCACAGAUACAGACGAAUGCAAAGGAUCGAAUAUGUGCGUUGGAGCAGAGGAAGGAGGAAUAUGCCACAAUUUUGCAGGUACAUACAAUUGUUCAUGUGCAGAGGGAUAUAAGGGAGAUGGGUUUCAUAAUGGGACAAGAUGUAUAUCCAGAAGCUCCAACUACCUCAAACUUGCAAUCAUAGGCGCUGUUUCUUCAUUCGUUGGAGUUUCUAUGGUAGCUUGUGGACUAUUUUGGUGUUUGAGCAUGCGUCGCUCGAAACAUGCUAGAGAAAAGAAUUUUCGCCAGAAUGGUGGGAUACAGUUGCAGGAACGCAUUGCUUCUAUGGGAGGAAAAGAAAGCCUCAAAAUAUUUUCUGAAAGAGAGCUGGAAAUGGCUUCCAAUAAGUUUUCAACAGAACUUGGGAAAGGUGGCUUUGCAACUGUGUACAAAGGAGUUCUUGUGAACGUUUUUGAUCAUCUACAUUCUAGAGAGAACCAUUUGACAUGGAAGACAAGGAGACAGAUUGCCAUUGAAACAGCAGAGGCAAUAGCAUAUGUGCACCUUCAGGCUGCUCAACCAAUUUUCCAUCGGGACAUAAAAUCUUCAAAUAUUUUGCUAGACAAUACUUUUACACCAAAAGUAGCAGACUUUGGUCUUUCUCGACUGCGCCCUUCGGAUGAUAGACACUUGAGCAUCAUGUUUGCAUCUGGCACUCCAGGUUAUGUGGAUCCUGAGUUCGUGAGGAGCAACCAGUUUACAGAUAAGAGUGACGUAUUUAGCUUUGGCGUAGUUUUGGUGGAGCUUCUCACGGGUUUGAAGCCAUUGCUCUCUAUAGGAGAAUCUACUUGUGCUCUGUAUGACCAUUUCUUGUCCGCAAUUAAUGACAACCACCUCAUUGAAAUUUUUGAUCCUAAAGUGGUGAAAGAGGAAAUCCAAGGGCAGAUGGAGAAUAUGGCAAGAUUAGCAAAAGCAUGCUUGUAAGUGAAAGCAAAAGCAAGGCCAUCCAUGAGAGAGGUAGUGGAGGAACUUGUUUGGAUAAGAGCUGCCACAAAACAGCCAGGUUUUUAUGGAGAUGCGAGUCUUGUCGAGCACACUGGUGAUCCAAAACAAGCUAGGUCGAGUUAUCAUCCUUUGCCAACUACAAGUGAUGGUACUUCUAAGGAUCCUAGAGAGGAUUAUUACUACAGUUCACCAUCUGUUAAGGCAAUUUCUCCGGAGGGUCCUUCCACUGCAUUGAUUCAGAUUGAGAUGCUAGAUAUGUAUGCACGAUGAUCCAAGCCAAUGCAUUACUGAAGAAGCAAGCAGGUAUUUUGCAAACAGCAGCUACUGCAGUCACGAUAUGUUUAGUGUCGUGCUAUUGUUACAUUUUGAUGUGUCCAUUUAAUUUUUGGUGUUGUGCAAGUAUUAAAUAUUUUAUUUGAUUUCUUGUGAGAAACAAGUUGUAAUUAUGCACAAUCCUAGUGCAGUACAUUAUAUGGUUUUUAUGGUCA